UUGUUUGUUAAACAUUAUCAUCAACAUCCUCUCAUCCCUUUUUCCCAAAAUGAAUUUUUAUCAUUUCAAACCAUUCAAGAAAGUGCAGUUAAGGAAAUGUAUUUAUUAUGUUAUAAACAUAAUUUAAUUCAUUUAUGGGCUUAUCUAUGGACUAACUGGUAUCAAGAUGAUAUGUGGAUUCUUUGGGCUCGUUCUGCUUCACCUGAAAAGAUCUGCGUUUUUAAAACUACAAUGCUCACAGAAUCCCACUGGAAGGUUAUCAAGAGAGAUUAUUUACCAAAAUUCUUCCGCCCUCGCCUUGAUCUAGUAACUUAUAUCACAAUUACCCGCCUUAUUCCACAUAAUGAAGCAACGUUAAAUAAAUAUCUUAUGGGUAGACAAGAACCUUCUUGGAGAAAGGAUUUCAAACAUAAUUGGAAAGAAUUAUCCAAA